AAUUAAUCAGCUUUGUAGUUAAGAGAACAAAUAAUCCUCUCCUAAUAAUUGUGCACACAGUGUAUAACAGAAAUAUCACAAUCUCUGUUUGUUUUGGACUAGUUCUUUAACUUCCUGGAUCAUGCCGUCUUUGACUCAUUAUCCUUUUAAUGUUUGUUUAUUCUUACCUUGUGGAUUUAAUUAGUGGAUUCUGUAUCAUUUUGGUAUUAUUUUCUGUUGGAUUUCUUCUUAUGUUUUUUCCCCUUUCUACUCUGUCUAUUAUUCUCCCUCAGCUCCCUGCCUUUAGUUCCUGCAGCUGUUACUAAAAAUCACCUGAUAAUCACCUGAUUACUUCCUCCUACCUUUGUCCUUAUCUCACAACUCUGCUUAUAUAGCUACUGCCUGGUUUCUUUAAGGUAAGCCAAAUUAUGCGGAUCUCGGAACGAGUCGGAAUUCCCAUCCCUCAUAUUUUGUAAUCACGUGACAGAUUUAUCACGUGAGCCCGCUAUGUAAAACUGCUGUCGUCUCAUUGGGUGGGAGAUAUUACUGAGUCAGCAUCUCGUUCUCUGAUUGGACAGCGUGCUCUGUGUAAAGCACCGUUUCCUGCUUGCCAGCAAAUAAAGAAAUCCACUAGUUUUUAAACUUCUUCCACUGUGCCUUUUUGUUAAUAAGGUUUAAGAUGUCGUGCGGAAAAGCCUUCUACGUGGCUCUGGUUGUCGGCUGUCUUUUUCUAACAGUAAGCUGCAAGUUUCCUACUCUGGACCGUAUCAAGCCAAAAGUAAGUGAUGAGGCACAGACGACAGCAGUGGCCGAGCUGCUGCGGCGGCUGCUGGGGAACAGAUCCACGGAGUUCAUGGUGUCAGUCAACAGGAGCCUCUCCAAUGACAGCCUGGAUGUCUGUGAGCUCAGAUCUGAUAAAAACAAGAAGAUUGUCGCCACAGGCAGCACCGGGGUGGCCCUGGCUUCUGGGAUCUACAACUAUUUGAAAUAUUUCUGCAACUGCCAUGUUUCCUGGUCUGGGAAGCAGCUAGAGCUGCCGAGUCCUCUGCCACAACUCACCGGCGUGCUGCGCAUAAACACCCCCCACAGGUUCCGGUAUUACCAGAACGUCUGCACCUUCAGUUACUCCUCUGUGUGGUGGGACUGGACCAGAUGGGAAAAAGAGAUAGACUGGAUGGCACUUAAUGGAAUCAAUCUGCCUCUGGCUUUCACCGGUCAAGAAGCUGUGUGGCAAGAGGUGUACCGUGCUCUUGGGUUAAACGAGUCAGAGUUAGAAGAGUUCUUCUCUGGACCAGCGUUUCUUGCCUGGAACCGGAUGGCAAACAUGGACAAGUUUGGUGGGCCUCUGCCUCAGUCCUGGCAUGUGAACCAGCUGUACCUCCAAUUUAAAAUCUUAGAGCGGAUGAGAGCUUUUGGCAUGAUACCUGUGCUGCCGGCCUUCUCUGGGAACAUUCCCAAAGGAAUUCUCAGGUUAUACCCACAAGCAAACGUUACUAGACUGGGACCGUGGGCACAUUUCAACUGCAGCUUCUCAUGCUCCUACAUCUUAGACCCAAGAGACCCACUUUUCCAAGAGAUAGGCGCCCUCUAUCUGUCUCAGGUGGUAAAACUGUUUGGGACAGAUCAUAUCUACAACACUGACACCUUUAAUGAGAUGACCCCACCUUCUUCUGACCCCAUCUAUCUGUCUGCAGUCAGUCGCUCUAUCUUUGCCUCCAUGACUGCCGUUGAUCCUGAUGCAGUCUGGUUGAUGCAAGGCUGGCUAUUCUUUAGUGAUCCCUCGUUCUGGAAGCCACUGCAGAUUCAGUCACUGCUACACGGCGUGCCCCUCGGAAGAAUGAUUGUGCUGGAUCUGUUUGCAGAGGCUGACCCAGUUUUCACGUACACCGAGUCUUUCUAUGGACAGCCCUUCAUCUGGUGUAUGCUGCACAAUUUUGGGGGCAACAAUGGUUUUUUUGGCACAGUUGAAAGCAUCAAUUCAGGGCCUUUUAAAGCCCUGCAUUUCCCAAACUCCACUCUGGUAGGAAUAGGGAUGACACCUGAGGGUAUUGAGCAGAAUCCUGUCAUUUAUGAGCUAAUGAGUGAAUUGGCAUGGCGCAAAGAGCCAGUCAACCUGGCAAAGUGGGUGUCACUAUAUGCGGCACGGCGCUAUGGUAGCAUGCAUGAUAACCUGACGGCUGCCUGGAAACUCUUAUUCUCCGGCGUUUACAACUGCACUAUACCAGGCUAUGUCAAUCACAACCACAGCCCACUAGUUCGCAGGCCGUCUUUCCGAAUGAGAACAGACCUGUGGUAUGACCCAGCUGAGCUGUUUGAAGCUUGGAAGCUCUUCAUGGAAGUAGCUCCUUCUUUUAUGUCCAAAGAGACCUUCCAGUAUGAUCUUGUAGAUUUGACCCGGCAGGUCCUGCAAGUUCUGACGUCGUCGUUUUACCAGGAUAUUGCUGAUGCCUUCCAGUAUAAAAAAAUGCCAGAGCUGCUGACUGCAGGUGGUGUGCUAGUCUAUGACCUCUUGCCUGAACUCGACCGAUUGUUGAGCAGCAACCAGAACUUUCUGUUAGGGACAUGGCUGGAGCAAGCACAGGCCAAGGGCCUGAAUGAGAGAGAGGCGCAGCUUUACGACAUGAAUGCCAGAAACCAAGUCACUCUGUGGGGUCCCAGCGGCGAGAUCCUGGACUAUGCCAACAAAGAGUGGGGGGGGCUUGUGGAGGACUACUACGCUCAGCGGUGGGGGCUGUUUGUCCAAACACUGGUGGAGUGUCUGGACAAAGGAAUUCCAUUCAAGCAGGAUUUAUUCAACCAAGCAGUUUUCCAGGUUGAAAAGGGAUUCAUUUACAACGGCAGAAAGUACCCAACCAAACCUCAGGGAGACACUUAUGAGAUCGCACACAGAAUUUUCCUCAAGUACUACCCUCAAGCCAUUAAGAGACUACAGCAGAUAGACAAACACUCCCACAGCUAUCGGUCCUACAGCUAUCGGUCCCACAGCUAUCAGUCCCACAGCUCUCCGUCCCCAUGACUGUCCCUGUGCAUUACUAAACGCCGUCUGGAUGUACAAAAAAACUAUCGGUUGUGUUGAUUUAUUGAAAUAAGCAGCAGAUUUCUCUUCAUGAUUAAUGGGAACAUUGGUUAACUUACUGAUCACCUUUUUGUAAAUAUCCGUCAGAAAAAAGGAGAAAGAUGUUAAUUGAAAACAUGGUUGACUUUGUGAAAGUUUUGUUUCUAAUUAUAAUUCAAAUAAUUUCAUUUUUUUUAUUUUUUUUUAUUAAGAUUCAUAUGCACUGUUUUACGAUGAAAGCCUUCCGGAGCUUCAUCUGUGCCAUUCUAAUCCAUUUACUUUCUUUCUAUAGUGCCUGUUCAUGACAAUAUUCAUCUCAGGGGACUUUACAGUAAGGCAAACUGGUUCUGUUUAGAUGUAAUCACCGUCCAAUCCUUCUCAUUAGAAACAGCCGUCAGAAAAUGGUUAGUGUAAAAUCUGCCGCCUGAUUCAACAGUUUUUUUUUUUUUGUAUGCUGCUGCUAUUCUUUCACUUUAUUCAAAGCAAUUUGGUGAUCACAAACAAAUGCUUUUGUAACAGGGUUUGAAAUCCUUAAUUUUAGACAAUUUUCAUUUCAAAAAUAUAUAUAUAUAUAUUUUUUUUUUAAAUUUGCAACAAACAUCCAGCUUUUUAUCGGAACUGAAUGAGGGACGUGUUUCAUCUAGCACACAGUGCUAUUUAAUGUUCGCAUCUUUAAAGUACUUUUAAAUUGAAAACACUACAAACUAGUGAUGGGUAGCUUUUUUAAAUGCUUUUUUUUAUUUGUAAGGGAAAAAAAGUUUUAUCAAUAAUUGUGCUUUGCAGAUAUGACGUGAGGUAACUUAUCUGCCGUACCCAUUUUCUACUUAUGAGUUAUGACUCUGCUCAUCUUGUGUAGGUAAGAUCUUGACAAGUUGUGCCUUCUCAGAACAGAAUCUGACUUAAAAAAUGAUGAACUGUCACUGGGAGGCCCUCUUAUCAACCAGUAGUUAGCUGUCUAAUCCCUAGCCCCCUUGCCAUGACACUGAAUGUCUUAAUGAAGACGUCGCGCUCAUCAGGAAGUUGCUAUGUGUGUAUCCAGAAAAGGACAAGACGGUCCAUGUUUUUAUCACAAUACAGUAGUAGGGAGUAGAUUUAUCUUUAUAGAUCCUGCCUUCUUGCUGUGUUUUCAUAUUUUGUAGUUUUUAUGUUACAUUGCUGUGAUCACCCAAUGAUAUUCUGUGUUUUCAGCCAAGUAUGCUGCAGUUAAUUUCUUAUUAGAAGGAAGUAAAGUAAAUUGUGUUGUAUUUUCUUUGUUUUGGGACGCUUUGUUCUGUCUUUUUCUUAAUUUUUUGAUGUUUAUAAUGACUGUCAAUUGAAGUCAAAAUUACUACAUUUUCUAUGAUUACAUUGGAUAAUAAAAUAUUUUGUGGAAGUUCA